AUGCCCGGUCCUGCUGCAAGUGCUACCAAUGUUGGUGCGUCUAGCAGAUCCCCCAGCAAAGCGGUUGCACCCAGAGCUGCUGGUUCAACAGUCAGACAAAGGAAAAAUGCCAGCACUGGAACUAGAAGUGCUGCGCGAACCACUUCAGCGGGCACCGGUGGAAUGUGGAGGUUUUAUACAGAAGAUUCACCUGGUCUUAAAGUCGGGCCUGUUCCAGUGUUGGUGAUGAGUCUGCUUUUCAUUGCCUCUGUCUUUAUGCUGCACAUCUGGGGCAAGUACACACGAUCCUAG